GCUGAGCUCACAUCUCCUGCCAAUAUGUCCUACAGCUGCUGCUCUGGAAACUUCUCCUCCCAUCCCCUUGGGGGCUACCAGUGCUUCCCAAGCUCCACCUGUGGCUCUUCUUCUCCCAGCAACCUGGUCUACCGCACUGACCUCUGCUCUCCCAGCACCUGCCAGCUGGGCUCCUCCCUCUACAGCGGCUGCCAGGAGACUUGCUGUGAGCCCACCAGCUGCCAGACGUCCUGCGCGGUGUCCAGCCCCUGCCAGACAUCCUGCUCCCGCCCGAGGGCCUCCACGCUCUGCAGUCCCUGCCAGACAACUUUCUCUGGGUCUCUGGGUUUUGGAUCCAGGAGCUGCUACCCACUGGGCUGUGGAUCCAGUAGCUUCAGACCCACGGCUUGCAGAGUCCAAAGUUUCCCUUCUUUGAGCUACGGAUCUCAGUUCUGUCACCCAUCCUUCUUGACUUCUAGGACCUUCCAGUCUUCUUGUUAUAGACCAAUGUGUAGAUCGGGCUUCUAUUGA